GGAUCAGCACCAGCUCCGAACAUUGAGCCGAGGCGCUACUACAUACAUACAUACGCGCAUAUGCUUGGAAUCAUUGAUAGCUGCUAUUUCCACCUUUCCCCAGCAUGGCCACGGAACCCACGCAGCAGGAAGAUCAUGCCGCAAACAACGCAAAUGCCAACGCGGCGCAUCGCGAAGCAUACGACUACUGGGGCUACCUUUUUCAAGACGACAAAUGUGGGACGCGCAAACUCAAUGGUUUGCUCAGAGGCAUUGCAGAGAUUAUUAGCAAGAAGUUUGAACCCAGCGACUCGCCUGAUCUGACGCCGUCGCAAAUCGCAGCUUGGUACCGCAGUGUUGGCGGCGACUAUGAUGUCCUGUUUACGGACACGCCGCCGUCUUCGAUAGCAUUCAUCUACCGCUCGCUGGGCGCAUAUCACAGUUUGCAGCCCGCAGCGGACGAUGACGGGUAUUCGAGCCCAACGAUACCGGCCUUGAAGAAGCAAGGGUUUGUAACAUGGCAGACCAUCCAGCUGUUGCUGGGACCAGAAGAGCACGUACCGUUUCUUCAAAGGGCCGUGGAAUUGGACGAUAUACCGGACCCCGAGACGGGCAAUACUUUCCCCAAGAUCCUUCCCAAAGAGUGCUUUCCAGAUAAGCCUGACGAUGCCAUGGAGGCGUGGUAUCACAAUGUCGCAGCCAGACUCAAAAAGGAGGCGGAAGAGGAGGCCAGCGAAGGGAGUACCGACGAAGCAAGACUGCGUUCUUCUACUGAGUACGAGCCUUCUUCGGCUGACGAGAAGCAUGGGGCGUUCCGAUACUUUGAAGAUCCGCUCUACCGCAACGAGAGGCCAAGGCCUACUUUUAUGCGUCACGUCAUGAAACAGUCUACCCGGCCUGUCGACGAUCGCGACCGGGCCGUCACGUCACGGGUCAGGCACAUGCUGAACCCACUAAAUCCAUUUGCUAGUAGGAAGAAGACUAUGCCAGGUCGGUACGAAAGCGACAGCUACUCAGAUGAAGAUACGACACCUGUAGCGCCUGUACCUCAGGCAGCACCUAGACAUCCUGCACACAAGCGCCCCCAGCCGCCGCGUCGCGAGUCUUCAUUGUCGACGACUGAGUCGGAAUCUGACUCUGAUGCGGAUCAAUCUCCUCGACGCCGGACGCCAAUACUGCGUACCCGCAGAUCGCACGAUGCGCCAACAGUACAGCCGGGCUAUUUCCCCGCUUAUCAUGAGGCGCGUCGAUACUCCAACCAGCACGAGACAGUUCGAGUUGAAGGACGAAAUUCUACAGCAACAUCACCACAGCCAGUCUAUCGGCCUACUACGUCGCCACUGUUUGCGACCCAAGUAGCUCAUGCACAGCAGGAAGCACGAAAGUACUACGAGCGCAGACCGGCCAUGCCUCCACGCACGAGCUACAGACCUGUGCCUGCGCCACACAGCGGGGUGCGAUGGGGAUCGCCGACGCUGCACCCUGUGCCGCCAUCUCGCGAAGGUGAGAGUGCAUAUAUGCGGGAGCGAGAACAUCAAUAUCGUGAGCGAGAGGGGCACGAUGGGGGCAGCAGCAGCGGGCGGUCACAUCGACGGCACUCUACAGACGUCGAGUAUCCUCGAGAGCGCGAGCGCGAGCGUGAUAGUGACAGAAGACGAAGCCACGACCGGGCCAAAGAUGAGUGGGAUGAUCGCGACUAUGUACGGUCAAGAAAUGGGAGUCGGGAUAGGGAUAGGGAUAGGGAUAGGGACAGGGACAGGGAGCGAGAUCGGGAGCGGGACAGAGGGCGGGAUCCACGGAUGCAUAGGUAUGUGUCGGGGGUGCAAGAGGGAGCGUCUGGGCGCAAGUUUCCCGUUGCCAGCGGGCCUGCUUACUAAAUGCAUGCGCAGUGUCAGAGGCCAGAUUGUGCGGCUGCUCAAGGAGUUUUGAGGACAUGGGCAUGAUGUGGUAAUGGUGGUGAUGAUGGUGGGGGAGGUUGGAAGUACAUAGUGGCGGUGGCUGACCAAAGUGUGGCUUGGAUCUGGCUAGGUGGACAAUCUUGAGAGGAGCGCAUUCUUGACAAGGCGGUCUGCAACGUCUGCAGUGUGUAGCAUACAUGUGUUGGAAUACGAGGUGGGCAUGC